CGUUGAUUACCUGCUCUGCACCUCUUCGGUCUUCAACAUCGUGCUGAUUAGCUAUGACAGGUUCCUCUCGGUGACAAGAGCGGACAAAGGAGGGGAUUGCAGCCGGGCUCCCAGCUUCUCCCUGGCUACCCAGGCAGUAGAUUGCAGCACCAACUUCAGCAGGGCACAGCCCGCAGCUCUUUGAGUACGUGGUGAGAUGAAAAAGCUCAGCCUUUCACAGGAGGUAGCACGCAGUUCACAGGCAGAUGAGAUCCAGUGCUGUUUGCUUGUUCCCUGACUCCAACUACAACACGGAUUAGCUCCAAGGCUCAGCGAGAGCCAGAGGCAGAUGCUUGCCUGGCCGGGGAGCUCAGUGCCUGCCUCUCCCCGGGAGGUACAGGGAGUAGCUGGGGACACAAGCAGUGGGGUGCAGCAGAGCGCUGGGCUCCAGCUAAGGCAGCGCAUUUGCACUGAGCGGACGCCAGGUUUUGGAGCUGCAAUAUGAGGGUUCCGAGUCUUCCCUGCGGGAGUGUGAUUUAUCUAGCAAUUGCUCCUGUCGCCUAUGGCAUAUGAAUUUGUUAAGACUGCUGGGAUAUUGCCUAGCAACUUUACCAGGAAAGCUAACAGUUCAUUUGUGAAGAGCCUCAACCAGCUGGGGUGUGUGACCAUGGUUAAGGAAAGGUUUCCCCCAUUGCAGGUCGCCUACAGAGCCCAGCAAGGCAACACCAAGCAGGCGGUGCUGAAGAUGGUGCUGGUGUGGGUACUGGCGUUCCUGCUUUACGGACCUGCCAUUAUCAGCUGGGAGUAUAUCUCAGGCCGGAGCAUCAUACCCACUGGGGAGUGCUAUGCUGAGUUCUUCUACAACUGGUAUUUUCUCAUGACAGCCUCCACACUGGAGUUCUUCACCCCCUUCAUCAGUGUGAUGUUUUUCAACCUGAGCAUCUACCUGAACAUACAGAAACGUACCAAAAUACGCCUGGAUAUUUUCCACGAGGUGCACAACCAGCCCUUCACUGAGGAGAUGGAAACGAGCCCAGAAGCAAAGCUUUCUUUGAAAUGCUGUAAGUGGGAGCAGAAGCAGCCAGCUGAAACCCUCGCCCUCUCCAAGAGCAAAGCUCAAGCAGCAGACUCCACGACCAACCUGGGUGCCAAAGAGCUGCUGUCAACAAGCUCUGAGAGCGCUGGGAAACCCAAGUGUUGCAACAAAAAGAGCUGUGAAAACUCAGCAUCCACUCUGUCCUUAGAGAAACGGAUGAAGAUAGUGUCCCAGAGCAUGACCCAACGCUUCAGGCUCUCUAGAGACAAGAAAGUGGCUAAAUCACUGGCAAUCAUUGUGGGGAUUUUUGGGAUUUGCUGGGCACCAUACACCCUCCUGAUGAUCAUCCGUGCUGGCUGCCAUGGCCACUGCAUCUCCGACUUCUGGUACGAGACUUCCUUUUGGCUGCUGUGGAUCAACUCGGCUGUUAACCCUGUCCUGUACCCGCUCUGCCACUACAGCUUCAGAAGAGCUUUUAUUAAACUCCUCUGUCCCAAGAAGCUCAAGAUUCAACCUCAUGAUCCCCUUCAGAACUGUUGGAAGUGAAGCCAGCCCUUUGUGUGGAUAAGAGCCUUGGUUUAAUACACCCGCGUCAUGGAAAAGUACUGUAGCUUGCUGCCUUGGAAGAACCUGGGAGCACUGGUCUGGCACAUGUGAGGAAGGCGGCAGUGAGACCACUAUUAAUUCAUUCCAGUUCAUCAACAACAAAAUCACACAGAAUAGAAGGGUAAGGGGGGUAUGGUAUUAGCCACAGGCACUGAAAUCUCUGUCCUCCGCUUGUAGGUGCCACAGAAGAGUUCUGCUGCCACCUAGUCAGCCAGAGCCGCACUAGCAUUUGGCUAAAAUAAAGACAAACCCUGAAACAUAAAAGCUAUCAAAAAGAAGUAUGUAACCUAAACCUCCUGGACAUAACUACAGUUCACCUGUUUGCAGACCUGACUUUUUCCCCAUAAACGGGAGGGUUUUUUCCUUGCACUUUUGAUAUUACACGGAUGUGAUGAUACAGAAAGAGAAGAAUGAACCUCGGAAAGAAAACACCUCAUUUAUCAUCAUUGCUACAGCAGCUACAGCUGUCAUCUAGAUCCCUGCGCUUGUGGUGCAAUACAUGUCCCUUCCACUCCCCAAGAAGGGCCCAACCUCUGCUCUAAGGAGUUCACAGGCACUCCGAGGCACCAAGCAUUCCGAAGCACCCUGCUGGCAUUCCCUGCUUCCAAACUGCUCUGAUUUCUUUGCAUCCAGCCACACAUCGACCAGUGCUUCCCAGCACGCGGGGAGCUGUGCAGCAGGAGCACGCCUGGUCUCUGGCGCCGCAGGAGCCCCGAGGAAGAGGGCUACUGCACCUACAUGAAAGGUGCCAGCAGGGUAUCACCUUCUCCAGAGGCUCCUUCAUGAUCCCCCAAAGACGUUUCAAAACCUCUUCUGCAGGAUCCUAAAAGUACUCUCUUGGCAAUGUGGUAGAGACUGACAAGUACUGAGGGAAGUGAAUCUUGUGCUUCUUUUCAGUUAGUGUCAGACCUCAUCAUUUUAGCAAGUUCCAGAACUCUUGCACAUUUCCUUUUAAAACACAUUAUUUGAACAGAGAGCUGGGUUGAGCUGACCCAGGCAACAUACGCACUAGUUUCUUUAUUUUUAACACUUUUAAAGCAGUCAACUAAUUCCACAGGUUGAGCACCACAUCCAAGAGAUCAAUGUUUUAGCCUCAGUCUUAACAGAAAAUCUUGGGUGUUUUAUCUCUGCUUCCCACCUCCUGUUUCAUCACACUUGCCCAUUUAUCCUGUAACCUCUUUGGGGACAGAGGUUGUAUGAUCAUAAAGCAAAAGACUUCAACUGCCCAUCUCUGUUGGCACUGCUCAGUGAUAUAGUAAUACAAAUACGUAAUUAGUUGCCAUGGCAAAGCCUCAUAUUUAACAGUACCAUACAGGGAAGCUCAAGAUCUGAAGCCUGAAAACCACAUUUACAAAUGGAAACCCAAAUGCUGUAAAGUAGCACCCAAAAGCUUAUGGUGUCGUGAUCGCCAUUUACACUUCGCUGUUGUAAGCAAACUGCUUUUUGGCUGCUGCUAGGAAUAAAAGAAAAUGCUAUCCAGCUUUCUUCCAGUGAUAUGUGUUGAGUAUUGACCAGUACUGUCACCUGAAGUCAGGUUUUAAAAGAUGUCUUGUGUAUGUGACAUUUCAGUCUUGUGACAUGUUCAGUCAGACCGUUAUAUAUGGGUUAAAAUAUAUCCUUUGAAGUGUAAGUGUACUAAGAAUUGACAUUCUGUACUGCUGAGCCUGCUUGUACCCUUCCUUGUGUCUUCUACCUUCUGAAAACCCCAAUAAAGUAUUUUUA